AUGGUGGCGAGCAGGGAUGACGAGAAGGGCUGGGACAACACUCGGACCCGGAUUGGCUCAAGCAGUGUCAAGUGGAUACAGAUGGGGUCGGAAAUAACGAAUGAAGAGGUCCAGUGUGAUGGAAUCGAGCCACAUUGCGCGAAAGCCGAGAGCGGCACAAUGGCCAAGACUCCCAAAGAUGCUCUCCUAGGGUUGCAGAGUCUGAGUCUGUCAGAGGAGAAGCCUGGCGGCACACUUACUGCGUACAUGCUGCACCACCAUUCUCCUGCACCUAACGACUGCAAGCUGCAAACGCAGCAGCAAGACGAACAAGAGAUCCCUGAACUGGAUGGGCGGAACGAACCAAUUCGCAUGACCGGACGUACCUCGGACCAGACGCGCCUCAAUGCUGCUCACAGACUGCUUACCGUCCUCCAAAUGCCACCAGCAUCAGCACCAGCAGCAUCGCCGGAAGAGAUGGGCAGUGACGAUCACUCAUUCUCGUUGAAGCAACUGGUAAUCAGCCAAACCUUGCCACCUGUGCAAGGCCAUCGAUCGUUGGGAUCGAUUGAUAUUAAGUGUAGUCUCGACAAUAAUCCCGACAACAAUCCCACAACAUUCACCAUGCCCGUCGAUAUCAGCCGCCACGUCCAGUUGGACCACAUCGGAGAAUCCGAGAGUUACGAGGACAGGCCGACGCGGUCUGGCUCGAGGAUGUGGUAUGAGUUGAAGGUUCUGCAGCAACCUGAGCGUGCGCGUGCAUGCGGAUCUGGUCAGAAGUCCGCGGCCGAUAGACGCCCCGUCGAUCCUCCCCCCGUGGUGCAGUUGCACGUCUACGAGGGACCUACCAGAGCCGAAGCUACCGAUAUCACUUUCAACUACCGGGCCAACUUCUUCCUCUAUGCUGAGCUGACACCCGCGCGCCCCAUGGCUCAUGGACGCGUUCAAACUCCCGCGGCAACUUCACCUCCCGUCCUGACUGGCAUGCCGGUUUCGGGUAUGGCAUAUCUCGACAGGCCUACAGAGGCAGGCUACUUCCUGUUCCCCGACCUUUCCGUCCGUCAUGAGGGACGCUACGUCUUGGCCUUCCACCUAUACGAAGAUGUGAAGAGGGCGGAGGAUCGGGAACCGGGCGGCGACGCGGAUGAUGAGGAUGAGAACCCCUGCUUCCAAUACAGAAUGGCUGUCAAAUCGGUGCCAUUCAACGUCUUCAGCGCAAAGAAGUUCCCUGGUCUUACCGAGAGCACCAACCUGAGCAAGACCAUCUCUGAGCAGGGAUGUCGCGUGCGUAUUCGCCGUGACGUCCGCAUGCGAAGACGCGACGGAAAGCCGACUGGAAACGAGUUCGACACCAACCCCGAAAACGAAUUCAGGAGCACGGCCAGGAGAACACAGACGCCAGAGAUUCGUAGCAAUGCGGAACAGUAUCGUGCGAGGUCGACGAGUAACAGCAGCGAGCACCGCGCCGCGUACCCGCCUGCUCCGGAACGCAAACCAUCUCUCAUUGAGAACUUCAAAGCCGAGACUUUCCAGGCGCCGCCACCGCCGCCGCCGCCCAUGUCAUACGGCCCGGCCCCCUCCACCAACGUUCACCUGCGAUUCGGAUCCGAUGCCUCAAGUGCACCCUACCCUCCUCACCAAUACGCGCAACCUUCGGCGCAGCCGCCGCCCAUUUCUCCUACCACGGCCUCGUACCAGUCUCAGCAGCCCUCGCCUUAUCAACCCGCAAGCUACGGCUACUCGAGCAGACCCAGCUCCCAGUAUGCCUCGAGCAAUCCGCCUCCCACGCCCCACGAUUCGUACGACAGACGGCCAUCUGCCAUGAUGGUGCCACCUUCUCCUUCUGUGUACGGUCCGGGACCAAGGGACCACGACAUGGCCAGGCGCGAUUCGGACUACAGGAGAGAUUCUCUUCCUCCUCGCCAGCUUGCUCCAGUUUCCGAUCUGCCGCACAUGGGCACCAAACUCCCGCCUAUGCUGCCCUCCAUCGAGAAGCUCACUGCUCCUCCCAUGACGGGCCGUUCAGAGUUCAUCGAGGCUGCUCCUCCUAGCUCUCACAACCCCGUUUACGAGCCAGCACGUGCAGGCACCAAGCGUGGCUACGGAGACACCUUCAUCGACAGCCAGCGCCCCUUGUACGACAGGCAACGCCCACAGGAUCCUCAUCACAACAGCGCUCACUACAACCACCGCUACGUUGUGCAAGAUCCUCUCGAGUACAAGCGUGCCGACGGUACAUUUGGCGUGAAGCCGGCAAACGAUUACUACAAGAUUGUCAACCCGCAAUGA